AUGGCGUUCCGAAGCAGUCUGGCUGCACGACAGGGCCUGCAGAGCCUUCUGCAGAAGCGGGCGGACGAUGUGGUCUUCACCACUGCGCUGCGCACGCCGAUCGCACGCAUGAAGAAGGGCUUCAAGGACGCAUACCCGGAGGAGCUGCUUGCACACGUGCUGCAGCGCACACGCGAGAGGCUCGAGGCGCGCGGCGUGGACAAGAGCAUCAUCGAGGACGUCUGCACCGGUACCGUGCUCAUGGAGCUCGGCGGUGCCAAGUCGGGCCGCAUGGCUGCGCUUCACGCCGGUAUGCCCAUCACGUCGGCAUACAAGACGGUCAACCGACAGUGCGCGAGCUCGCUGCAAAGCAUCACCGAUAUUGCCAAUGCGAUUCGCGCAGGCGAGAUCCAGUGCGGUAUUGCGGCGGGUGUCGAGUCGAUGACGCGCAACUAUGGUUCGCGAGCCAUCCCGGUUGACCUGAGCCCGUGGCUGAAGGAGUCGGACUCGGUGGACGCGCGCGACUGCAUCCUGCCCAUGGGCGAGACCUCGGAGCGUGUGGCAGACAAAUGGAACAUCAGCCGCGAACGACAGGACCAGUUCGCCGCCGACUCGCACCGCAAGGCCGAGGCGGCGCAACAGGAUGGCCGCCUCGCGUCCGAGAUCGAGCCGAUCGAGGUGCGAUGGAUCGACCCCGAGACGGGCAAGGAGGGCAGGAAGCUGGUUAGCAAGGACGAGGGUAUCCGACCAGGCACCACCGCCGAGUCGCUCGGCAAGCUCAAGCCCGUCUUCCGCGCCGACGGCAAGAGCACUGCGGGCAACUCGUCGCAGGUGAGCGACGGUGCCGUUGCGCUCACUAUGGCGAGGCGAGAUGUUGCCGAGGCAGCAGGCAUGGAGAUCCUCGGCCGAUGGGUGGGCACGGCAACCAAGGGCGUCAAGCCCGACGUGAUGGGCAUUGGCCCCGCCGAGGCAGUGCCCAAGCUGCUCGAACGCUUCCAGCUCAAGACGGACGACAUUGACCUGUGGGAGCUCAACGAGGCGUUUGCAUCGCAGUCGCUCAUGGUCAUGGACACGCUCAAGCUCGACGCGGCCAAGGUGAACCCCAAGGGUGGCGCGAUUGCGCUGGGACACCCGCUGGGCGCGUCCGGUGGACGACUGGUGACGAGCUUGCUCGCCGAGCUGCGCAGGACAGGCCAGCAGGUGGGUGUGGCAACUCUCUGCUGCGGUACGGGCUACGGCAAGGCUUCGCUCAUCGUCGCCGAGUAG